AUGACCGAUCCUUUGAACUAUUACGACGGGCAGUUCCAGCACCGGCAGGCCACACUCAGGUCCUGCGCAUGGACGUGUGGCGGCUGUGUUUCUUUACGACGAGCGUUCAUGGCGGCGAGUGGCUUGGACAGAGGGAAAUUGCCACGUGCCGAACCUGGAGGCCGAUCCACAUCCAGGUCUACGUCCGCAGGGGGCCCCCCAGGUGCUCUUCUACCAGACCCACUACCGCUGCGACUGGCUCUGAGGCGCUGCGGCCACCCCCAACUGAGUGGAGCCGGGUGGGGCAGCGCCCCAGGGGCGGCGGUACCUGCGGUGAAGGUCUGCAGGGAACAGAGAGUGACCACGGGCUCCCCAGCAGCGCCUGCAGCAGGGCCGGUGGCGGCAGCCGCGGCGGGCGGGCGGGAGCUAUCGCCGGCGGCGUCGGCCGCGCAGAUGCUACAGCAGGUUGCGGCGAGUGCUGCAGAGCUUGUCGUACUGCGCUCCGCCAGUGCCACACACAUCCAGCACAUCGUGGCUUGUGUUGACAUCCUGUACAGCCUGUACGACAGCUGCCAGGCGUCCCGCUCUCCGGCCCUUGGCGGAGCUCGGCCUUGGCGGAGCGCGGUGGAAUCGGCCACGGGGAAUAGGGCGCAGGGUAAGCUGCUGGCGGGGCCGGCGGUGGCGGCGGCGGUGUGGCGGCGGCGGGCGGUGCUGGUGGCAGCGGCCGAGCGGGGGGCGACCGGCUCGGAGCGACUGCUACGGGAGCAUUACGACUGGUUAAUGACCGCCACUCCCGCAGGUGUGAAGUUGCACGCGGAGCUGUGUACGCUGCUGGGGACUGCGGCGCACGCGCUCCUCCGGCUGGCAGCUCUUGCCGCGCGGUGGGGCUGGCCCCGGUGCGGGACCGCAGUGGUGGGUCUGCUGGCUGCGGGCAGCGCCUUGGGAGGUGUGGGCGGCGGCCUGGCUGUGCUUCACGAUCUGCUGCUGGCGGCCUCGGGCCCCCUGGCUCUGCAGGCGGCCCUCAGCGGCCUCCUCUUGCGCCGCCAACUGGCCUGGCUGGGAACUGCUUGGACGCUCAUGCGCGGGAAGCAUCACCGCAACAAACGUAUCGGCCGCAAUCGCAGCAGCAGCAGCAGUAAGACGGGCCGGCCACCGCCACCUCCACCACUUGUACCCUCACCCUCACCAUCGCCGUUGCCAGCGGAGGUGGGAGCAGAGGCUGGGUGGAGGGGUGGAACGGUGACGGCGGCGGCAGCAGCGGUCGCGGGACGAAAGACCUCCCUAGCUUCCUCCCUGGCUGGGGGCCGGAAGCCACAGCAAUCCAGCCACCACCCGCAGCAGCAGCGGCAGCAGCCCUCGGGCUCUGCCAUGGAGGCGGCUCCCCCGCACCCCGCGGGGUCUGCAGCAGUUGGGCAGCAGGCGGCCUCCCUACUGGGGUUGCGGCUGCAUGUGUGUGGUCGGGCAACUAGUGGUAAUAAUAGUACUGCUGGUGGUGCUGGUGGUGGUGGUGCUGGUGAACGGCACGCUCCAGCCCCGUGUCAGCAGCCGAGCCCACUGGUGCCCAUCAGCCGCUUGGAGAGCUUGUUGGGACUGACAACCGACCCCGAGUCCGGUGACGAGGUGGUGGUGGAGCAGCUGAUAGUGGGGGUGCUGCUGCUGGUGCCACUGCUGGCGCUGCUGCCCACCUCUGCAGCCUGGCACCUGCUGGCGCUGGCGGCGUGGGGGGCCACAGCUGCGCUGCGGGGAGGUCUGGCACUGGCGGCAUGGACGCUACGGGACAACGUGCUGCUGACGCUGAUAUGGAGGGGGCUGCGGCCCCUGGACUUUGCAGGUCGCGCAUUUCUGCAUCAUUUCUUGGAGAGCCGGCUACACCGAAUGGCGCUGGUGACUGUGCCAUUUCCUAUAGCCCUGUCAGCAAUGUGCCCGCCGGCAAAGGCUAUUCCUACGGACAAGCAAGCUUAG